AUGGACAUCGUUCUAGCAUAUAGCCCAGAAGAUAUCCAUUCCGUGGCAGACAGAGACAAGUUGGAGGACAUUGCUACAGUUGGAGCAGAGCAGAACAUGCGACGAUCGUGCUGGGACGUAUCUAUCGCCGAGCGGACGGUUAGCCAACUAUGGGACAUUUGUCCCGUGGUUUCGAGCCGACUUCCAACAGAAUUAUGGGAGCAGAUCAUUGAUCUCAUUGCGGAUGACGGGGGCCACUACCACAUGCGACGGCUCGGGCAGGUGUGUCGUGGGUGGUAUGCCCGAUGUCGCUUUCACCAUUAUGAAAAACUCUAUGUGCGGCACAUGGAUAGGAGGGAGGUGUAUCGCUUGAUUAAUACACUGGUCGAGCACCCCGACCGAUGCAGUGCCAUCAGAACAGUCUGGUUCCGUCCAGGACAGUCGAUUGGCCGCUUUGGGUCGUUUGCUGUGCGCAUGGUGCAGAAGCUGCCCCGAGUCGAAGUUCUCAGACUCUGGGAUUGUAAAUGGGAGAGUGGGCAACUGCACGCCCAGGUUUCCCUCCAUAUCACUCUCACAUUUGGGUCGGUGACCAGGCUCGAACUCCUCGAGGUGACCUUUCCCUCUGCGGUUGUGUUUGGGCGACUUAUGCGUGCACUCCCCUGCCUCUCCUCCCUCGGCAGCGAUGACGUGAUUAACUUCCUUGCGUCGAUCAGCGCGCACAUUCGGCAUCUCACCUGCUAUGGACGCGACCUGGAGAAGCUGCUGGAGCUGCUCGCUGUGAUCGCCGAGUCGCUCUUGUCCCUCAAGGUUGCGUAUUUUUACGCAGCCCCUUCAAUCGAUCUGACGCCCGCUGUCAACUUGCGUAUUUUGGCCCUCGAUGGCUAUCUCAGAGACUUCGCCAAGGCAGCCAGUUUCCUGUCUCGCAUAUCUUCGCCCAACCUAGUGGAGGUUACCAUCAAGUCGUGGCCAGCCGAUUGGGGGACACUGGUCUCUGUCCAGGAUGAAUUGAAUAGCAUCGACAACGACUCUUUUGCACAGAUGGACCGCGUCCUCUCCGGCCGUCAAAAUCCUGCUCUCUGCAAAGUCACUGUUCUCCUUCGUUGCGGUAUCCGGGUUUCCCACGCGCCGGACAACAUAUCCGAAGGCUCCUGGCGCACCCUGCUCUCGUCAAGGCUUCCAGCCCUCGAUGCCAGUGGUCGCCUUCUGUAA